AAAAAAAAAAAAAAAAAUCAAUGAGUUGCUUUCUCCGAUUAAAAUCAAUGACCUCAUUGAUAAUCAUAUACAUGUAUUCAUCCCUUUAUACACAAUCGUCUUCUUCAUGUCUCCAAGUCGUUGUUUGUUUUUGUAAAGAAAUUCAAACCAAUUUUUAGCCUUAAAAAAUUUGUGAGAGACACCGCGAAUCCCAGCAUUGUUUUCAUCUCCCAGAACUUCUUUCUUCAAUCCCACAAAAAGCCAUUUCAAUUCCAUUUAAAUCCUACAAAUUCCACACUCCUUCCCAAUUCAAAACCCCCUGUUAAUCCGUCGAACAUGGAGGUCGACGGCGGAGCCACGGCGGCGCCGCUGCCUCACCCGAGGAAAUUCUCUCUCCCGGUCGACUCAGAACACAAAUCCACCAAAUUCAACAUAUUUUCCGUUGCAGCUCCCCAUAUGCGAACAUUUCACCUUUCCUGGAUUUCCUUCUGCGCUUGUUUCAUUUCCAGUUUUGCAGCGGCUCCUCUGCUUCCGGUGAUCCGCGACAACCUCAAUUUAACCGACACCGACAUUGGAAAUGCCGGAAUCGCCUCUGUCUCCGGCGCCGUCUUCGCUCGAAUCAUGAUGGGUUCCGCCUGCGAUUUGGUCGGACCACGUCUCGCCUCCGCUUCACUCAUUCUCAUAACUUCACCGGCGGUUUAUUUAACCUCAAUAGCCUCAUCCCCUGUUUCGUUUCUCCUGGUCCGAUUCUUCACCGGCUUCUCCCUCGCUACAUUCGUCUCAACCCAAUUCUGGAUGAGCUCAAUGUUCUCCUCCAACGUCGUCGGCACCGCCAACGGCGUCGCCGGCGGCUGGGGGAACUUAGGCGGCGGCGCAACACAGUUAAUCAUGCCAUAUGUUUUCGCCAUCAUCGAACACAUUGGCGCAACGAAAUUCACCGCUUGGAGAAUCGCUUUCUUCAUCCCAGCUCUGUUCCAAACGCUUUCAGCCUUCGCCGUUCUCCUCCUCGGCGAGGACACGCCGGACGGAAACUUCCGGCGGCUUCAAAAAACAGGGGAGAAGGCGAAAGACAAACUGUCGAAAGUGAUGUACCAUGGGAUGACGAAUUACAGGGGAUGGAUUUUGGCAUUGACUUAUGGGUAUUGUUUUGGAGUGGAGUUGACUAUUGAUAAUGUAAUAGCGAAUUACUUCUACGAUAGGUUUAAUUUGAAUCUGCAUACGGCGGGGAUCGUGGCGGCGAGUUUUGGGUUGGCGAAUCUGUUUUCGAGGCCGUACGGCGGAGUAUUGUCGGAUGUGGUGGCGAAGAGAUAUGGGAUGAGAGGGAGAUUGUGGGCUUUGUGGUUGGUGCAGACAAUUGGAGGAGUUUUGUGUGUGAUUCUUGGAUUGGUUAAUUCAUUAAGUGCUUCCAUUGCGAUCAUGAUCGUUUUUUCAGUGUUUGUUCAAGCUGCUUGUGGACUUACUUUUGGUGUUGUUCCCUUUGUCUCUCGAAGAUCAUUAGGAGUAAUAUCGGGGAUGACGGGCGGGGGUGGGAACGUGGGGUCGGUGCUGACUCAGCUGAUAUUCUUUAGAGGCAACAGAUACACAAAAGAGAGAGGAAUAACUCUAAUGGGAGUGAUGAUAAUAGCUUGCACCCUCCCAAUUGUAUUGAUUUAUUUUCCUCAAUGGGGCAGUAUGUUAUUUGGGCCUUCCUCGAAAAUUGCUUCAGAGGAAGAUUAUUACUUGUCUGAAUGGACCUCUGAGGAGAAAGCCGAAGGCUUCCAUAUGGCUAGCCUUAAAUUUGCUGAGAAUAGUCGAUCUGAAAGAGGCAAAAGCCUUAAGGGCACUGCUGAUGCUGAUGAUUCCUCCUCCCCUCAUGUUUAAAUUGCAAAACAAAUUUCCUUUUCGAGACGUAAAAAGAUAGUUACUUUCUAGAAUGUAUCCAAGUAUUUUUCUCGUUGAGUAUUCCAUCUUCAUGGACAAAUUUACUCGACUAGCUUCUUUAGAGGGUCCCUCCUUAUAUUUUCCAUCCUAUUUAUUUACCAUAAAUCAAAUCAGCUUAAAUCAUAUGUUUAGUCUCUAAACUUUGAAAUUAGCGUUUAUUUAGAAAUAUCUAAAAGUGUCUAAUAAA